AUGAAAAACUCGGGAAGCAAAGAAUCAGGAUCGAACUGUGAGUGGAAUAAAUCGACGGGUCAAGCUAGAAAAAAGGGAAAAGGAACACAAAGACAAACGAAACGAAGACCGAAAGGACAGAAGACAGCUGAAAAUGAGAAAGAGAAACCGAAAGGAAAAAAGAUCAAAUCCUCUUCAACUACCAUUUCGACGGAUACUAAUAAGUCUAGUGACAAGAAUCACAGUAAAGGAAGUCCAGAUAAAGAUUACAACGAUGAAACAUCGAAUGUGUCGACUAAUGCAAAAUCAUCUGAUUUGUCAAAAGAAGAUACUCGCAGUCCAAAUCUGAUAACUUGCCAGGAAAUGAAACCGAAAUCUAAACCGAAAUCAAGAAGGAUUUCGAUAGAAGAAGAAGAUGAGGCGAAGGAAAAGAAAGAAAAAGAGAAAAGAACGGAAAGAACUGUAGAUCAAACAGCAGCUGAAAAAACAGAAAAGGAGAAAAGAACGGAAAGAACUAUAGAUCAAACAGCCGCUGAAAAGACAGAAAAAGAGAAAGAGGAGGUUACGGAAAAGGAAGAGAAAAAAUUCAAUAUGCAUCUGGCACAAUUGUUUUUCAAGAGGAUGAUGGACGCACAGAGAACACGGAAAACUGGAAAUCAGAAACGGGAUCAGAAUCUGGAAGUAAUGCCUGAUAGAGGUUGGAUUUCCAAACCCAACAAAGUGGCUCGGAAAGGGCCCCGCCUACCCCGUAAACCACGCCCACUUGACACGACAAUAUUCAAACCGAGUGGAGAACCAGUAUGGAUGGAGUUUGAACUUCAAGAAGAGGUUCUUUCGACCAACGGAGUGAAGACAAAAACUCCACAAUUACAAGAAGCAUUGGAGGACUCUGAUUUGGAACUGGAUGAUGGAAAACAAUGGGUACCAAUGUUUGAAGAAUAUUCGAAUGGACGUUUUGAUGAUGGAAAAUUUCAAUUUAGCCCUGACGAACUCAAUCCUUUCGGAACUUUCAAAGAACUUGAGAAACGAUCUGAGCGAUUUUCUCGUCCGGUUUCGAUAAAAUACUACACAAUGAAAAAUCUUAUAUUUAUGAGUAAAUCAGCCAUUGAGCGAUCCUCACGAUUAUUAGGCCCUCUCGAUCAAACCCCCAUAGAAGAACUCCGUCGAAAAGAGGCAGAUAGUCAUUUUCAAAAACCGUCGAAAGAAGAAGAAGAAGAAAAAGAAAAAGAGAAAACUUGUGUGGUAACAUCAAUUUCAUUCAACACGGAGAGUACUUUCAGUAUUAGUUAUGAUAGGCGUCGUCCGAUCCUUUCGAUUCAAAAAUUCCGUAAAAAGUAUCAAGAGAGGCUUCGUCGAUCAAUUGAUAAGAAGGAAUCACGUGAAGGAAAAUCAAAAGAAGGAGCAUCUAGGGAAGGGAAAUCUAGAGAGAAUACAUAG